AUAUUUGAUUGGCUAAAUAUUUGACACGUGUUUUUGUUUAUAAUGGCAGCUUCCAGGACAAGACCAGGUAAUCCAGAGAGAGGCUGGAAUGACCCACCUAUGUUUAACUAUAACACAGAAAAGGAUGGGUCUACACAACCUAAGAGAGCACUAAACAAGAGAGUGGCUUUCCCUGUGUCAGGGAACACUAAGGGACCUACACCUGGAUAUGCAGUUUUGAAUCCGAGCCAGGGUCCACCCAUUUUGAACCCAGUCUUACCGGCAGACAUUCAGGGACCACCUCCUCUCCCUUCACAACCGCCUAUACCUAUUGGUCUCAGGGACACACCCCUUGGCAACCAGGCAGCUCCCCAGAGCCCGAUACAGCUGCUCCCUCCAUCUGCUGAUACCUCAACUCCACAGACGGUUCCCAUCCUAGUUCCACUGCUGGUUCCAUCUUCACCUCCGAAAUCUGAAGAGCAGGUACCAGAAGCAGUACAGCUGGAGGAUGAGCGACUAGAAGAACUUCUCUCAAGAUUAUCAUUCGAUACUGAUUCUCAGUUACUGCAACUGAAUAUUAACAAUUUCGAAAGUGUACUUAACAAGUACAGGAAUAUUUUAACGCUAAAGGUCUGUGAUGAAAUAAAAAAAAAACUGGAACUAUUUGAAGAGAAAUGGAAGAAGGGUUGCCUUAGUGAUAAUGUUAAAGUUAGAAUUACACAACUUUCUACAGCUCUGUUGAAUGGUGAGACAGACAAGGCCAACCAUCUACACUUGGCUCUCAUGGUAGACCAUAUAGCAGAGGUAGGUACAGUUUCCUGAUUCACAAAAUGUAGCUUAAAUUCCAUCAUGCUAGGUAGUGUUUCAAGAUUUAGAGUACAGUGUUAAAACAUUAUGCCUAGAGUAAUCAGAUUUCCACUUCUAUGUGAUGAGGAGAAGUGGCCAACUCUUGACUGAUUACUGGAAAAUGUACUUUAAUACAAAAGGGAAAAGGAGAAAGGAUACCAGUAAUGACAGGGUUAUUAUUAUGUUGUCUGCAACUAUUAAAAUGACUCGUUUACACUUUUUGGGUGAAAGUUUGUUAAUGAGAAUUUUCACAAAUUUCUCAAAACUUGCAUUUUCCCUUUGUCUGUAUAACGCUAUAAAAUUACAGAUAAUUAUGUAUAUUUUGCAAAAUAUCAUUUAAAGUAAUUUGAUAAAUGUAAAUCAUCUGCUUUUGAAAUGAUGAAUAAAAUCUAUAUUCUGCA